CUCCUGCCCUCUUUUCCCUGCAUGCCCGGGCAGCCGGGGGCCAACAUGGAUCUUUCUGUCCGCAUCAGCUGAGCCUGGAAACCUUACCCUUUGGAGGCAAUGGAAAGGGAGAUGCGGAAUGCUUCCCCGGCAAGGACGUCACCAGCCCGGGCAUCUCCAGCCCGGGCAACCCCAGGCUGGGCGUCCCCUUCCAGGUCAGCAUCCGGCAGGUCACUGUCUGCCAGGUCAGCCUCCACAGCAUCCUCGCCAACGAGAGUGUACCUGGUUAGAGCAACACCAGUGGGGGCCGUACCCAUCCGCGCAUCUCCUGCCAGGACAGUGCCAGCCACCAGGGAGACCCCAGGACUCAGCUUGCCCAAGCUCACCUGGCAGGAGGGCCGGAAGCGGCUGCCACUCAUCGGAUGUGUGCUUCUCCUGAUCGCUCUGGUGGUGUCGCUCAUAAUUCUCUUCUAUUUCUGGAGGGGCCAUACAGGGAUCAAGUACAAGGAGCCGGUGGAGAGCUGCCCCAGGCACGCUGUGCGCUGUGACGGGGUGGUGGACUGUAAACUGAAGAGCGACGAGCUGGGCUGUGUGAGGUUUGACUGGGACAAGUCUCUGCUUAGCGUCUACUCUGGAUCCUCCCAGCAGUGGCUUCCUGUUUGCAGCGACAGCUGGAACAGCUCCUACUCAGAGAACACCUGCCGGCAGCUGGGUUUCAAGAGUGCGUACAGGACCACCGAAGUGGCCCACAGCGGUUUCGCCAGCAGUUUCUCUAUCUCCAAGUACAACUCCAGCAUCCAAGAAAGCCUCCACAGGUCUGAAUGCCCUUCCCAGCGGUAUGUCUCUCUUCAGUGUUCCCACUGCGGACUGAGGGCCGCGACCGGGCGGAUCGUGGGAGGGGUGCUGGCCCCAGAGAACACGUGGCCCUGGCAAGUCAGUCUGCACUACGGCACCACCCACAUCUGCGGGGGCACGCUGAUCGCCGCCCAGUGGGUGCUCACUGCUGCCCACUGCUUCUUUGUGACCCGGGAGAAGAUCUUGGAGGGCUGGAAGGUAUAUGCAGGCACCAACAACUUGCACCAGCUGCCGGAGGCGACCUCCAUCUCCCAGAUCAUCAUCAACGGCAACUAUACUGACGACGAGGAUGACUACGACAUCGCCCUCAUGCGGCUCUCCAAGCCCCUGGCCUUAUCUGCGCACGUCCACCCUGCCUGCCUCCCCAUGCACGGACAGACCUUCAACCUCAAUGAGACCUGCUGGAUCACAGGCUUUGGCAAGACCAACGAGGCAGACGAGAGGACAUCCCCCUUCCUCCGGGAGGUGCAGGUCAGCCUCAUCGACUUCAGGAAGUGCAAUGACUACUUGGUCUAUGACAGUUACCUCACCCCGCGGAUGAUGUGUGCUGGAGAUCUCCGGGGGGGCAGAGACUCCUGCCAGGGGGACAGUGGGGGGCCCCUGGUCUGCGAGCAGAACAACCGCUGGUACCUGGCUGGGGUCACCAGCUGGGGCACGGGCUGUGGCCAGAGAAACAAGCCUGGGGUGUACACCAAAGUGGCAGAACUCCUGCCCUGGAUUUACAGCAAGAUGGAGUGCCAGGUGACAGCCAGCCUGAGUGUUAAGCUCUGAUGUUCCCAGCCUGCCUCACCCUGUCUGCCCUGUUCUCGUCCUCAGAGUGAGGUGCGUUUCCGGAAAUCCUAAGCCGCCUCCCUGCUCCAGCUCACGGCACUGGCUGCCAUACAGACUCUGACCACAGGGACUGGGCCGCUGGGACAUCAUCUGGGCUAACGGCCACCAGGCACCUUCGUUACUCCCACCUCUGCUGUCUGCUGCCUCUGUGAAUACACACUGUGUGUGUGUGUGUCUGCAUGUGUGUGUGUGUGUGUGCAUGCGUGUCUGUGCACGUGUGUGUGUGCGUGAGCGUGUGUUGCUGCUCUCCCAGUGUCUUCAGAAACCAGGAGAACUGUCAACUCAUCCCAAACCCCAGGCUGGACAUCACCUGGAGAUAACAGGCUGGGUACCGUGGAGGUUCCUACAGGCACGGCCAUAAUGGCUGGAGGAGGUGGAGCCCAAACAGAGCUCAGGGAAGGGCCUGGAAGGUCCCAUCAAGAAGUCUUGCUCCUCUGACUGGACUCAGAGAUUAGCCCAGAUGGAGCAGCCCCCAGCGACCCAGGGGACACACUGUCGCAGGACGGAGAAUGGGUGCCACGGGGUGCCUGGACUGUCUGUAGUGGGAAGAUGCCCCCCUUGGCGUUGCAAGCAUCCUGCCCCCUCCCGCUGGUGCCCUGGAUGGCGGUGCUGGCCGAGCCAUGGCUGUCCAGGCCAAACACUGGGAACAGGGCUCACUGUUCUUGACUGGCCACAGGCUGUUGGGGCAGAUUUAUUUUAGUUUAGUUUUAUAUUUAAGAGAUGGCAGUGGAUGUAUUUCUAAAGAAUCUCCAAAACUUCCGGGAGCCCUCAGAGCUAGCAGCAAGCACCCCAAGAAUUCUGGGAGAUUCAUGGGAGUCGCCCCUCUCCAGAGGCUGGCGGAAUGUUUCUGGCCUUGACGGACUGGAUGAAGGGGCCCCUCUGAGAUACUCAGGGAUGCAAAUCCUCAUUUGGGCUGGUGAGCAGCUCUGACAUGCACAGAGCCACACCUGCGGCGGCAUCCAAGCAAGGGCUGCCACCAGGGCAUGAAGAAAAGGGCAGGCCCCCCGGAGCCGAGGGAACAGGCACCUCCCACACCCGGUGCUGUACUGGGGCUUCGGAGUUUCUUCUCAGCUUCCUCUGCCUUUCGAUUUUUGAGUAGUUCCAGAAGCGGCACUGACAUGAAGGCUGCGUGGAGAGCAGGCUGACAUUGUGCCCAGGCCCUACAAAAGCCCUUCGAAGGAUCUGAGUUGCCCUACCCCUGCAAGCCUUCAGUGCACCCGGCCUUUGUGCCAACGGAAGGCCCGGGUGUUCCCCAGCCUCCCCCCUGGAGCACCUGUCUCUUGCCCAUUCCCCUCCCUCUGCACGGACCUGCCUGCUGGCACUAUGCCUCCCAGAGGCAGGGUCCCUGCAGAUCAGCCUGGCCUGGCUCAGGCUGGCAGUGGUGUGGGAAGGCACUGGUCUGGAAGAGCAGGCUGGGGUUGCCUAGCAUGGCUGGGCAGAGUCUGAGGGGCUAGUGACAUGUGACCGAGGCUGAGGGCUUGGGGAGGGCAACAUCCAGGUCUCCAACAGCCCCCGGCAAUGGCCCUCAGCAAUAAAAGUUGUGUGACCUGAAAA